AAAGUUCCACUAAACAUGUAUUACUAUAUACACGGACUUUAAUACCUUCUUUUUUUCUUUCUUUUUAUUCUGGUAUCUAUUUAGAUUGCUAUUGAUUUCACGGGCCAACAGCUUUUGGCCACGGUUCAUUGCUUGAUCGGGAAUUCUACAACCCCCCCUAUUCUAUGGAUUGGAUAAAACUGCCCAGAUAAGCUUUUAAAGCCUCAUAAAGUUCUGAAGUUCUCCAAUGAUGCACUCUAUAUGGAUUAAGCAAAUACAUGUUAAUAAGAGCCGACUUCUCAAGUGUAUUGAUACAAUGGCCGAGUGGUAUUGAUAUUCUCGUUAAUUAAGGAGCACAUCAGAUUUAAAGAUUAAAUUGCAUGCAGUUCUGAGCAUAAAUUGAAUAUCUAAAUCUGAAAUUGUUCAGAUGUGGUAUGGAGAGGAAUUAAAAGAUAAACGGCCUUCUUGUGCAUGAAUAUGGAUGCCAGCACAUUGUCAUACCACAACAAAGUCCAGGAUUGGACUCAAAUGUACAUGCUGGCAGCAGACGGACACAUCUACAAAAGUUCAAAAAUAGCAACAUAUCUACCGCCUCAGAAACUACAUCAGAUCGAAAACUGGCGGAAAAAUAUUCGGAAUAACUUUGGGCCCAAGUCUUCCCAUUUUCCGAGACUUAACACCCCAAGAGCAAACAGUCGAGCAAGAUCAGCAACCGUCACUAGAUCUGCUAAUAAUGCAAACGAGUGCAAGCGUAUUUGGAGUGCUAGUUCUCGUCGCCAACCUCAUUUUCUGUACAGUGACACCGAUCUGGACGAUGUGACCAAUCACCUGGCUGAAACAUCCCUGCAUUACUCAGGAGAGCGGGCUGUGUACCAAAGAAACUUAUUAGGGAAACAAUUAUUGAAAAUCAAUACAAAACAGGUACAGCUUAUCAACGGUGAGAAUGUGGCUACUGAGGCGUUUGAUAAAAUUGAUAAAACUUCCAAACAAGCCAGCAAUGGUCUGAACAGCGAAGGAGAGGCAGACCACACUAGUGACAACAUAGAGGCCGUGUCAGAUGAAGCAGAAUCUGAGACUCUGAGCAGCAUAUCCAGGAUGGAGGGGCGCGGGAGACUCAUACACGUCAACGAUCAGGAAAUGGUUCAAGUGAGGUCCCAAUCCAACCAACUUCUGAAUGUGAUUUCCAUUGAUGACUGCAAAAUGACUAGUCCAAAUAUUUACCACAAUGCCAAACUAAAAGUGGAGAAAAAACAUGCUUUUUAUCAAGAUAUUCCUGAGGAAAAUUCACUACCCGAGAGUGAAGUGCCAAAAUCCCAGUAUUCUAAAGACCUUGAAACCACUUACAAUUCACAACGUUCGACCAAAUCUGUCUCCAAAAGUCGCAACCAAAUUCAGACUCGCAACGCCAAAAUUUCAAGAGCCAUUGAUGAAAUGGUUCACGAAAGGAAAGUGAUGAACAAUAUGGACCGAAAUUUCAAUGCUCGCAUUGAGGCUUCAGGCUCCGGAGGUCGAAUAAUCCUUGAUAAGGGAGAGGGAGGUGCAACCUUUCGAAGACUAAACAAUGCCCUGAAGAGGCAUGUGAAUUCAGUAUUAGCCCACAAAGCCCACAAACAAAUCAACAGCUGGACACAAGAUGGCCAGAGUGAACAAGACUUGAAUUCCCAAAAUGGCAGUGUUCUUUCUGUGGACAAAAUCGGGAAAACUCAUAAAAAAUCCAAGUCGCAAAGCAUGGAAUCCAUGGAAAGCAGCUGAACAGUGGCUUCCAGUCAAACAGUAUUAAAAUUGAUUCUUUUGUUUUUCUUCAAGUCAAAAUCUUGAUGAUGUUUUAAAUCAAUUAUAUUGCCUUAGAACUUCAAUGUUUUAAUUGAUAUUUACACAGUACAUGUUGUGUAAAGUACAUAUUUUUUCAACCUGAAAUGUUUUUAGCCAAUCUUUGUUUACAUUACUAACCAGAAAUGUCGUGGUGCAUUACAUAAUUAUAUAUUGUCACAGCCAACCUAGUCUUUCAGACUAGAGUCUGUGAGAAAAAGUUUUGAUUUCAAUAAAAUGAAAAGGAAAUCCUUAUAUAUACACUUGCAUUACUUAAUUUGAUGGUGAUUAAAAGUUCAACCCUAUUUAUAAUUUAUUUACUCAAUUCACUAAAGGUUAACAAAAACUCAACAACUAAAUGUUUAAAUGUAAGUAAAAAAGGAAACUGAAACAGUAUUCUAUUAAAUUUCCUUUAAGAACUUUGUUUAUAAGUAUUGAUUGGUUUGGAAAUUUCAUGUAUUGAUAUAAACAUGAGCAGGAAACCCGUUAAAGACGGAACAUUUCCAGGUUUGUUUGAAAAUGAAUGAUACUUUUGUACGAUCUGCAUGGGAACCACAUAGAAUAUUGGUUCAGAUAAAACAGAGUUUCACGUCUAACGGAUUCUUCCCACACACAUCAAGAUCAAGAGAAAAUCAAAACUUUAUAUAGCUGUCAUGUAUUGAUUAGAGUUAAUAUCCUUAAAGGGUACUGAAUAAAAAAAAAAAAAUUGAUGGUUGAACUUCUUGUGAUGCAAAGUUUCAUAAAUGUGACUGACAAGGAAAAUAUUAUCUGAGAAAAUAUAAAAAGUUGAUGUAUAGAAUAAAUCAAUGAUAUAGGAAUAGGGACAUAAUUAAUAGGAACUGGUUACACAAACACAAGACUUUAUGUAUGUGAGGAAGUUGCCAUGAUCACAAUAUAACAAAACAUAUCCCCCUCUUAUUUAAUUAAAUAUUCUCACCUCCUCUAAAACCUCUUAAAUGAGCUUUAUUCAUUAAAUCACAGUAUAGGAAUCACAACUCCUGAUUAUUCAAAAUUAAUUAUGAUUUCAAGGAUUGUAUACGCGAUUGUGGACUAACGAAUGUACAUGUAAACAAUAAAUUCCCUAUUAAAAUUGAACAAAUUUUUUAAAUCAACUUUUUCAGCAGACAAAUCCAAACAAAUCCUAAAAUAGUAAAUUUUACAUGUCUUUAUGAGGAACCAGGGUAAUUAAUACAACUGAAAUAAAUGAAUGAACAUCAACAUCUUUAGACACAAUGAUUAUUCCAACCAUUUCAUGCAACUGUCAUUCAAAAAUAAACCAAAACAAAACAAUAAAAUGUACAAACCGAUAGAGCAUCUCAUAUUGCCGUUCACAAUGGACACAGUGGCCAAUAUGUUCUGCUUUGCUGCAUGCAGCAGACAAGCAUUAUCAUAUUUCAAUGAAUAAAUGAUUUUAAAUACAUAAUCCAUUGGAACCCAGGUGUACAAAUUGGACACUUGAGCAUCAGAUGGGUGUAGAUAAAACUUUACUAAUUAACUGCCCAAUUAAUAUCCUACUUCUUCUAGCGGACAGGGCUAGUGAACAUCUAUUUUUCUCCCGAGGUAUAUUUCUAAUGAAAAAUAUGGACUCCAAAUUGUCAAAAGAAGACAGCUUGUGUGAUUUUUCCCACCAUUUGAACGGAACUUUGAGACUAGCGCAGGCUAUAGAUGACCUUGCAAGUUACCGAAAGGUCAUGGACAACCUUGGAGUGAAUUACGAUGCCAGAAUCAAAGCUGCGAGUCAGCGAGUGGAAAUUCCGACAGAAGAGAGUUGGAGAUUUCAGCAGUUGAAUCAGAAUUUGAAAAACCAUAUCGAAUACAUACAGGAAUGUCAAGGGCAGGAUUUGAUUGACAGGUGGCUCAGGAAAUUUCAUGAAUCUGGGGCUACCAGUAAUAAGAAGAAGUGAAACAUUGAUUCAUUAAUGGAAUUACAAAAUUUUACUUCUUGCAGAGUAAAAAAUCAUACUAACUGGAACCUAUGAUAAUUAUAUUUUCACUUUUAAAAAUUCAUAGCUGAACAUUCAAUGUUUCAAACUUUCAAAUUUCAGUACUUACCGGUAUUAUAAACAAAUUAGAACUUGUACAUGAUUCAUUUAUUCUUUUAAAGUUGUCUGUUUCGGCAGAGACAUAUUUUUAUGUCUUUGGUUUUGGAUAUUAUACAUGUAUCUGCAUGUACUAGCUAGUAUUUUGUGAUAUCCAGAUUAAAUAAGCAAUGAAAUAAAAUUGACCCUUUAGAAAUUCUGGCCUUUUAGUUAUAUAUUCAAAUAUCUUUAAUAGACUGCUCUUUUAAAGCACUCAAUUUUCCAUUCAUUAAGAACUUCCCGAUAAGGCUAUAACUGUUACUUAAUUCUUUAAUUACUACACCCCCUUUUUUCCCUGGUAUCUACCUAAUAUUAUUUAGACAAACAUUUUCAAAUUUGAUCUAGUACAGUGAAGGUCAGACAUGGAAGAAAAAUUGAAUUGAAUUCAGGGCUGGAAAUCAAUAUUCUACAUAACAGUUUACCCUUAGCUUAAUACAUAUUAUUAAUAAUAUGAUAAUGACUGGCACUUCAUAGGCUAGCCUUUGGAUCCUGGUGAAAGGAAAAUCUUCAUACAAGCAAGUAAAGUUUGACAAAUAAUUGAUAGCAUUCUAAGGACGGACAGGAAAAAUAAACUCCUUUUAUUGAAUUUUGCAGAUGAUCAAGUGCUUAGUUACUGCACCAGAAUGCUAUGAUCUGCAUACAUGGGUGUAUGCAGAAUUGAAUGAAUACUAUUUUGCACAGUCUUUAUCAAAUAUUUGUUUUUAACCAUAGAUGCAUUAUCUUUGUUUUCAUUUGUCCCUUAUAUAUUAUGCCUGUUUGAAUGAAAUAAUAUCUCCACCAGCUAAACUAACAAGAAUUUGAAAGGAAGAACUAAAGGUCCCAAAAUGGAAAAAAAACAUUAAUGUUGAUAAAUGACAUUCAGACAGACAGCAAAUAAUUUUUCUUGUUUGAAUACUUCCUCAGAUAAAAUAAACUUGUAAAAGGAAAGUAAAUAGGCAAAAAAAACUUUUAUGAUUAAGUACCAGACCUCUUAUUGUCAAUGCAUAUUUCUUCAAAAGUCAGAUAUAUAUGAGAGAGAGAGAGAGAGAGAGAGAGAGAGAGAGAGAGAGAUGAUCAAAGUAUGAUUUAACUAAUUAUUGCUAUCUUUAUCUUAUCAAAACUGAAAUGAAAUAUUAAAGCAAAUCUUUUCUGUAAAUCUUUCAAAGAACAACUGUAUUACAUUUUAUUUACAUUAUUGAUAAAUAUUUUGUUCGUUAAAGCUCGAAACAAAAUUUUCACUAUAUCUUCAUAAAUCUGUAAUAUUGCCUUUCGGUGACAAGAGAUGUGUGGACAACCCACUAGAGAAAUCUCCAACAUAAAAGAGUUCAAAAUGUGUAAAGAGAACAUUGGGCAUAUGAGACUUCAAUUUACCUGUGAAGAUGUGCAGGCUUAUUUUCUUUAUCUCUUUAAUAAGCCCCCUAACAACGCUAAUAAACUUGUCUUUCUUCAUUGGACGAUUGGAAAAGGCCUAUGUCAACAGACAAUCUUUGAAAGAUGUGACAUGGUUCUUGAAGUGUUUAUCAACUUGUAAACACUGUAACAAAAUUGGGUUUUAAUAUCAAAUACCAUCAGUGUCAUUCCAUCAUUUCUAAAAUGGCACCACAUGCCAAUAAUGGCACCUGUCCGUGAUCACUGUUAUUUAAGAGAAAGACAAAAAUAUCAGAUCCAAUCCAUUUGCUUUUUAAAGCAAAAAAUAUGCACAGACAGAGCAAUAAAAUGCCAGUUUUUAUUGAGUGCCUGCAUCAAAUUGUUUUUGUCAAAUGGAGAAUAAAACAAAAAUAAAAUGACAUUUCUUUUUAGUCACAUUAAUACUGCAAUGCGGAAGAUAUUUAUUUGUUGCAUAAAUGGUAAAUGUACCUAGAAAGCACUCGAUUCAACUGUCAAAUAAUUUCAAUGAUAUAAAUAGCUUAGUUUCUUUUUGACACAUGGAAAGAUGCAUCAUAUCUUUUUAAGAUGACUUAGUUCCUUAUUCCACUUUCUUCAAUUGGACUGCCAAGCAACAACAAACUAUUUCCUUUUUAUUUAGAGACGUGUAGCAUGAUUUGGCACAAAAAUGGACGGAGUUACUCAAUCUGAACAAAUACCAGCAUUCAUGGGCAGCAUUCAUUGGUUCAUAUUGUCAAAGGUAGAGUCAAUUUUGGACUCUUUCAAAAGAAGAAAAAUAUCAUUGAAAUAUAAAAAGCAGAUGUUAAAUGUAACAAAUAAAUAUGACAUUUUGAUAUUCAAUACAUGUAUUUGUUGUAAUUAGAUUCACUUUGGCUGUGAUUAAAGUAUGCACUCUAUUAACCCUGAUAAAUAACAGAGAGAGAGAGAGAGAGAGAGAGAGAGAGAGAGAGAGAGAGAGAGAGAGAGUUCAAAUGAUAUGACGGCAUGAUGAUAUGCAAUAUCAAAUUUAAAAAAAAAAGUUCUCAUUCUUACUGCUCUUCUCAGUUUAGUCUAUUAGAGUAUAUAAGCUUUAUUACACAGUAGGUGAUUUAAUAAAGAGCUCAAACAAGGGUCCAUUUAUCUUAACUUAACAGGUAAAUCCAAAUGAUUAAUCCAAGGCAAUGUCUCUUAGAUAAGGAAAGGUUGAAACACAAAGAAACAAUAAGAAGCUACUGGGCAUCAAAAUUUCACAUCAAAAGGUAUAUAACAGGUAAUAUAAAAGUGAAAAUUAUUUUUUUUUGUAAUGGUAUAUUCAGAAAUCAAUGAAUAAGAAAGAUCAAUGGGGAAAAAAGCUCCUAGUACUUGAGAAAAGCAAACAUUGUGGAAUAACAUUUUUUAGAACUGCUUAAUAAAAAUCGGCCUGGAAAUCUAUAAGAAUUCCCCCCC